AUGGAACAUCUCGCCAACGAAAACUCGGAUUCGGAUAUCAGGUACAGUUUCCUUAGCACUUUGGAUCAUUUACCAUGUGAACUAAUAAGAUCUCUUCGACUGAUGCAAACAAUCGACUUAUUCAAGAAUGAAGAGGAUGAGCCUGGUAUGGAAAGGGCCUGUAGGGAUCUGUUGCUGGUAGCGACUUAUAUUAAUGAUCUGGUCGAUGAUCAGAUUCAUUUCUUAAAGCAGCAUAAGAAGGAACUAGAGAUACAGAAGUCAGUGACAAAAAAUUUCAACUCUUCGCUAGAGAAUAUCAAGUCGAAGUUGACGUUAGAAGAACCAGGAGCAUAUAAGGAGCCAAAACUGCUUUUAAAGAUUAACUUGAAAAAGGCUAAAUCGAGGGAAAGAAAAGAGAGCAUAACUAGCCCCACAAUUGGGAUUAACCAGGGUGAUGUAACAGAGGGUAAUAAUAAUCAAGAGGAGGUUUAUUGUUUCUGUAGGAAUGUAUCUUAUGGGCCAAUGGUGGCUUGUGAUAAUCCGGCUUGUCCCUUCGAGUGGUUCCAUUAUGGUUGCGUAGGCCUGAAACAAGCUCCCAAGGGCAAAUGGUAUUGUAGCAAAGAUUGUAAGGAAAUAGCAAACCAGAGGUCCAAGUCAAAACGGCAAAAAAGAAGAAAGUAA